ACAGACAAGAUGCCGCAUGGAAGACCAUGUUUCCUGCCAAGCACCAUGAUUGGGUCUGUCCUUAUGCUCCUUCUGGCCUCUGCCUCCUCGUUUUUCUUCAAGUCGCCGUAUCCUGCUGCCACUGCCACCAGUGGAGCUUGCAUGGCCCGACACCCGAACGGACGUUCUCGGGCAGUUUUGAUGCCGUACGCUAAUGAUCAACAAGGCGAUGGAAUAGCUUCCAGCACAAACGAGUCACCUAUCCGUGCAGCAGUGGUGACGGACAAGGCCAAAGCGGACUCUGAAGGAUCAAGGAGCAAGCAGAGUCAAAACGUCACUCUGCUUCAGGCAUUGCGCCCAGGAAUGCGUCUUCACGGGGGAGUUGUAGGUGUAACAGAGUUUGCUGCAUUUUUGGACGUUAAGGUCGUCCGUGAGGGGCCAGGAGGGAAGUUGGUCCGCUGCAACGCCAUGCUCCACCCGCACGACGUCCCGGAAGGGAUCAAGCUCCUGCGGGACUCGCAUAACCAGCCCUUGCCACUGGAGACUGACCCGAACGUAAUCCGGCGAGGCAUCCACGUGAGCGUGUACGUGAAGGACGUGUUCCCCAACUCAGGGCGCUUCUCUGUGACCCUCGACCCCUCCAUCGACAAGGCCAAGGUGAUUGCCGCGCGGAAGCAGAAGCGGCUGCUGGGCAAGAAAAGAAACAAAGUGAAGAAGCUGGAGGGCGUGGAGGAGGGUGCUGAGAAGCAGGCCCGGGUGGUCAAGGGUAAAGUGUUGAAGGAUGACGACACAAUUGAAUCGACUGGUGUUACAGAAACUGAUUUUUACGUCUGCAUGGUUUCAGCGGCCCCAAAGCCUAAAACAACGCCUGUUGCUGCUCCAGCUCCAGCAGCUACGACCGCGCCGGCUACUCCUUCUGUAGGAACAACUCCGGAGACAACAACCACCGGCACGGCAGCUACCCCGCCCGCUCCUUCUCCAGCCGAUGCGGCUCAAGUGGAAGGGUUAGUGUCCAUGGGCUUCGCCGAGGCAAACGUUCGCGCGGCUUUGGAAGCAACGGGGGGCAGUCCCGACGCGGCGUAUGCCCUGUUGGAGAGCGGAGCUCCUAUCCAGCCUCCUACCCCGGCCGCCACCCCCUCAGCGACAAGCGCGGCCUCCAACUCGAUCACGUCUCUCGAGGCCUUCCGCGCCCUCCCACAAUUCGAUCAGCUCCGCCGCUUGGUCCAAUCGAAUCCUGGCGCGAUCGAUCAGGUCCUAGGGUUCAUCGGGCAGCAGAGCCCACAGCUCCUGCAAGUCAUCUUGGCCCAGCAGGAUGAAUUUGUGGCCAUGAUGAACGAGCCGAUUGAAGGCGAUACUGCCUCAGGAGCUCAGCAGUUGCAACAACAGCAACAACCAUCGCAGCAGGGGAAUCCGUUUGCCGCUCUCGGGGGCUUGGGCGGCAUGGAAGGAGCGGGGGGGGCGGAGGGGCAGAACGGGCCCUCCCCACAACAGCUCGCUCAGAUCCUGCAGGCCAUGCCGGAGCAGCAGCGGAACCAACUGUUGGCUGCGUUGGUGGGAUUGCCUCCCGAACAGGUGCAGCAGUUCAGCGGGCAGCUGAUUGAGGCUCUGGCGAGUGGAGCGGCGCCGGGAUUAGGAGGCAUGGGGGGGUUGGCGGGAGCACCUCCUCCGGGCUCGCAGCGGAUUGAGCUGACAGCGGAGGAAGCGGCGAACCUGAAUCAGUUGGUGGAGAUGGGCUUCGAACGGAACAAGACUAUG